CAAAGUCACUCCGCUCAUCCCACGAGGGGAUGGGGCAGGCAACAACUCAUAAAAUUAAGCGAUUUGGAUGUGAGUUAGUCUAACUGCGAGGAUCGCCGCGUUAACAGCUCGCUCGUUGUCUCUCUCACACCCACACGCGUCCGUAUUCUCGUAUACACCCACACAGGCGACUAAACGCUUGGUUCGUUCAGUACCACGGCAGAGUCGGCCCGUUCCGCGCAGACUUGACAUCAUUAAAGUGACUCUAUUGUUCCGUUCCCGCCGAAAUGCGUUGACAUUACAAUUCGGAAGUGCGAACAUUCUUUGUUCAAAAUUUGUUUUUUCUUUUAAUUUGUGCUAGUGUUGUGACUUCGAACAUUGGAUGUGGAUUCACUGAAACAUCAAACAGCAUCAAACGCCGCACAGCCAUUAAACCGAUCCGAUCAUAAAAACAAACAUGACACACUAUUUCCGGACCUGAAUAGAAAGGGACAUCCAUGAGCGAAGACACCGAGAAAGAAAGAGAUAUGCAAACCGUCGCCUACAACACACCCAACGUUAUUGAGCAAGCCGACAGCAGACUCAUAGAAGCUCACAAUUUCUGCGAUGCAGAUUAUCUAGAUAGCGAAAGAAUUGAAGUAGAUGAUGAUAAAGAACUAGUUAUAGCUGAUGAAUCUCGGGAAGACCAAAUAGAUGAUAAUAAUCAGAAUAUAGAUGUAGGAACAGAAGAGAAAGUACAAGAUUUCGAGCUAUCAUGGCAUCCGCACGUGUACGGGAAACCGCCAAAAAAGCCUACACCUCAUUCGAUAGAAUAUAUAUUAGGGUUAAAUCAGAAGUCAACCGUGAGUCAAUUGAUGAGCGUGAAGAGGUUCGAGGUGAAGAAACACUUGUACAAGAGUGCGCAGGUUCAGACGGAGCGAGUGAUGAGUGUGCACAAGAAUAAGCUUCAGGAGCAGCUGCUGCAGAGAGUGAGAACUAGUGAGUGUGAGUUCGUGAAGGAGGAGCCACUGAACCUCUCCGUGCCCAAGAAAGAGUGGGAAGAAGAGAAAAAAGAUCCCUCCAAGCUUAUCAAGCGUAAAAAAUCAACGGAAGAUGUCCGUUCCCCCCUGGGAGGAGAGGGCUCGCUCACCAGCGAAGAGGGCGAGGACGGCGGCGCGCGCCGCAAGAAGGCCCGGACCACCUUCACUGGGAGGCAGAUCUUUGAGCUGGAGAAGCUGUUCGAGGUCAAGAAGUACCUGUCUUCUGGAGAGAGGGCUGACAUGGCGAAGCUGCUUAACGUUACCGAGACUCAGGUAAAAAUAUGGUUCCAGAACAGAAGAACGAAAUGGAAGAAAAAAGACAAUAUCACGAACGCAGAAGUAGCAGAAUUCAAACAGCAGAACAAGCCCGAAGAUAAAAAAGAAGACUCAAAAGAACUAAAAGAAGACCCUUUAGCUAUAGACAUGUCCAAAAAGAACUGCAAUAAGAUACUCACGGAAAAAUUAAGGGGUACUAAGCCAGUCACCCAAAGUGUUGUGCCAAAACCGAGGAAAGUUGAAAAAGGUGUAAUAUUAGAAAGCAUUUGUGAUGCUAAUGACAUAGAAAGUAGGAUAUCUAUCACUAAGAUUACCAAUAAGUUGUCAAGUACGGAUAUUUCCGAGAUAGGAAAGGUCUCAGUUAAGAGUUUUAACCCUGAAGAAGUAAAAGAAAUUAAAUUUGAUAGUAGAGACGUAGAAAUGUGAAAUUUUAAAUACAGUCGAAUCAUUUUCGAAUUUCGAGGUGCUAAUCUUUAAGAAUCGCAUUGGAAAAAAUACUGUCAAAAUAAUCGCUAUGGCAUCUCAUUUUAAACUUUUAUACUUUCGUUGGAGUGCUCACAAUAGUUUUAAGUUUAAUAGUGGGUGUUGCUACUUUGGUCAAGUCCUUAGAUUAUAUUAAUUGCUAUGGAAGGAGGAAGGUUUGAAUUUGAACCUAUCAUAGGUAUAUACUGAUAUUUACCGCCGGAAAAUUACAAAAAUGGCGAAUUCUAUCCACAUAAAAAUUGUUCGGAAACUUCUCUUAUUUUUGUAUUGGCGAUGUAUUCUAUUUUCAAAAUGAAACUUGCUUUUAUAACUUGUUAUUACUAUUCCGGAAAUUUCUGAGAACUUUUCAACUUUUAGGAAACUUUCCGCAACCUGAACAUCUGUGAACGUGCGUUUUCGGAAUACCUAUGAUUUAGGAAAAAAAUACAAAACAGCUGCGGACUGAAAACGUAUCAUUUCGUUACAUUAUCAGUUUUUUACUUUACCCUUACUACAGUUAUGUUAAGGUGGAGAAAAACAUGAGAAGAUAUUAAACUGAGAAAUUAAUCGGGCAUCUUGUAAUUUUUACUUAGCGAGUGUGUUUUUUGGACUUUUAGAGCAUUUUAAAAAUAAAUGAAAACCAGAAUAAUGCCAUGAAGCUAAGCUGUUUCUUCAAGCACACAUAUUUGCAAUAUGAUAAAGGUAUUGUUUACUAAUACGAUACGUUAGAAAGAAUUAAGUAAGUAAAAUCUACCGUUGGGCUCAUGCAAUUAUAAUUAUUAAUUUUAAAUAAAUAUCGAUAAUAUCCUUUAUUACUUUUAGAAUUGGCGACUUUGGAGGAUAAUAACAAUUACCUAUUGGUGGUAUUUUCAUUGUGCUCAGUGCUGUACUAAAAAUUAAUAAUUAGGUACUUACCAAUAUGUAUGAUUUUUUGCCGUAUUCAAAACAAUUAUAUGUACAGGAAUCACUACACCGAACAAACUUAAUGUAAGCUUGUGGCUUUUAAAACACAAACUAGCUGUAAACAUAGCAAGAACUUCUUUUAAGGAAAAUUCGCUUAAAAUGAUUUAUUUAAUCAAAUGUGGAGUGGCUUAUCUGCGUCCGCAACCGGGAUUAUUUACAUAUAUAUUAUUUUCAUAAUUAACUAUAAGAGGGCGUACCUAGAUAUAUACCUGGGAAGACCGACUGCUGGCCGCCCGGUAGGUCGCCCCAGAUACCGCUGGGGAGACAGUGUGGAAGCGGAUCUGCGUCAGCUUCAAGCCGAUAAUUAGCAGGAAACGACGCAGGAUCGGGAAAAGUGGUGUGCUCUCGUCUCAGAGGCCAAGACCCUCUUUGGAUCGCUGAACCAUAUUAGUUAGUUAUAAUUAACUAUGUUCAUCAAAAACUGAGAAAUUUUAAUACAUUUUAGUUAAAUGCGAUACUUAACUACUACACCACACAAUACAUAUUUGAUUUUAAUUGUUGUUUUAUUUCCAAAACUAUCGUAUAAAUAUGUAGAUAUGUUUACGGUUUAUAUGCGUUUACUACCUACUUAAAUUAACAAUAUACCAACUGUAUUGAAUUUUUAUUUUGCUUGACAACAACAGUAACGAGGCAUAAUUAAACCACCGCCUCGACAAACUAGCGCUCAAAACAUAUCCCACAAACGUACCUAUUUACUUACCGUUGUCAAAUUUAAGCUUCUCAAUUCUCAAGUCUAAAUGUAUUGCAAAACGAUACAUCGUGGUAAGUUGGUAACUGACUACGCUUAUGCAAGAAAAUCCUGUGAAUUGUUUAGGUACCAGACGCGAUAAUCUGCCAUUUUUUUCCUGUAAUUUAAUUCGUACUGAAAUUACCGGUAAGUGAAUUCAAUUGAAAAUUAUAAAGUUAUUGCGUGUUAUAAGUUAAGACCAAAGAAUACAAUUUUAAAGGAUUGAUUUUUAGGCAUUAGGAGUUAAAUCCUGACUAUAUAAAAAUAUUAUGAGAGACAAAUCUCCCACGUAUGUAACUACAGUCAGACCAGGAUAAUUUGGCAGCGAUUUGAUAGCCCAGAAGUCUAAACGUCAAACUUCUAUGAAAUUAUGACGUUUACUUAACACUUGCACCGUCUGGACUAUCAAAAUUGCUGCCAACUUAGCUUAGUCUGACUCUAUCGACUUUUUUGCUCCAUUCAAGCAUAUUUGUGGGUUGGAAUAUGGGCUAAAUCAGUUUAUCUGUAAUAAUGUUAUGAGAUUGUUUUUCAUUUUGAUAAUAACUCAUUAUAUAUUUAUUAUAUACUUGUACCUAAUACUUUCAAUACUGACCUUAUUUUUUUAAAUCAAUCAAUUACGUUAUUAUCAAACGUAGCUUAAAAAAUUAAAUAAUUUAACCCUUUAUCUAAGGCUGAUAGUUUUGAAAAGAUGACAUUUGAAUGUUUGAAUGUCAUACUACUAAUUGAAAAUAGAAGAUAACUUUGAAGUGCCGUAUGUGGGAAAUAUAUCUCCCUUAGCCUGGUAAAGGGUUAAAGGUUAUUGUAGAAAUUAAUUUAAUAAUGAAAAUUCGGAGCCAAUAUAUGUAUGUAUUAUUUUUGUGCAAUAAUCGACUUUAUAAACGUAGUGUAAGGUUUCAUUUUCUUUGUAUAAGUACAGCCUAAUGUUAUUGUUUUACCUUAUUGCAAGAAACAUUUAAUUAUUACCUCUAAAUACAUAUUAGUCUAGAAAGUGUACAUAUCUCAAUUUUAAUUACAUAAUUACUUAUGUUAAACAAUAAGUAAGGCUUUACUUUAAAAACAAUGUGGAAACUGUCAUAUAAUUAUUGAAUAUCUUAAGAAAAUAGAAAUGCUCAUUUUUCUUUAAAACCACUUAAUGUAGCGUACCUUAAAAGAGGCAUAAUAAUAUGUAUGUAUAAAUUACAAACAUUGAAUUUCGUUUGCUUUGUCGACCGCUCGCUUCUUGUCCUUCUACAAUUACGAUGUAAGACCAAAACAGUGUAAAUUGAUUAUUUAUGUAUUAUGAGAAUGGAAACAAAGAUAUGAUUUUAGGAGUUUUGGAAGCGAAUGUCCUCUAUGCGGUAGCUGUAGCUAAUAGUGAAGUCGCGAAGAAAUAAAUAGUUUUGGAUAAUU